AGCCCGUAGUUUGAGCAACGGGGGUGAAUUCCAACCACCUCACCUCGCUAUCUACUGUAUAAAGUUGCGGCGCGCAUGCAAGAGCUAGCAAGACUCCGGUGAGAAAUUGCAACCAGCGGCGGCAGGGCAGCCAAGAAAUGUGUGGGGGUGCCAUCCUCGCGGACCUCACCCCCGACCGGGUGCGCCGGCGGCUGACGGCAGCCCAGCUCUGGCCGGACGUGUACUUCCCGGCGGAGCGGGCGGCCUCCGGCAGGAGGAGGAGGACGGCCACUGCCACGACCGACGACGAAUUCGAGGCAGAGUUCCAGGUUUUUGCGGAGGAGGAGGAGGACGACGAUGACGACUAUGAGGCUCCUCCGGCGGCGGCAUCUGCAGCCGCUGCUUUGGGCUCUAGUCGGCGCCGCGUAGCCGGUGUCAACAGCACCAAGUACAGACGCGUACGCCGCCGGCUGUCGGGCAGAUGGGCGGCAGAGGACACCCAGCAGCGGCAGCGUGUGUGGCUCGGUACGUGCGGCGGCGACGCCGAGGAGGCCGCCCCAUCGUACGACAGCGAAACCCGCCGGGUGCGCGGGAAGAGCGCCAGGCUCGACUCCCCGAACGAAGGCUGUUCUCGCCGGAGAAGCCUGCCGGGGAUCAUCGACCUCAACCACCCGCCCGCCGUUUCCGGUGACCACGUGAUCAGCGCCCAUGCGGACGCGUGCAUGACGAAGAUCAUGCGGCUGAACGCGGAGGGUCCCCGCGACGAGCGGAUGGCGAGCCUCGUGUCUGAGCUGGUGGACGGAGCGCACCAAGGGAGCGAAACCAGAGCGUCCGUGGUGGUGAUGCGGUGUGCGGCGUUGAUCUCCAGAUGCAGCCGCGAGAUGGAAGAGGUUGCUGCGCUGAGGAGGGGCCUCGAGAACCGCGCGAGGCGGCUGGAUGAGCGGAAAGAUCUACUCGUUAGGAUAGCUUCUCUUCUGGGUUCUGAUUGACUAUAUCAUCGGGCAUGUUUGAGCCUGUUUGUUCGUGGAACUCUCCUGACCGUAAGAACACUGGAAUGGUAGUGGAAGUUUUUAAAAAACUGUUUUGUUUAGCCAAACAUUGCUGAAUGAGAAACUUGG